CCAAAAUUUUCCGUUCAGCUUUUGUGUAUUUUGAAAUCAUAACAAAAAUCAUCCACUUGUUCUUUCACAAACUUUCCCCUUUACAUUACCCGUGUAUCGGAAAAUUAUUUAAUCUAUUGCGUACACUGCGUAAAAUACGUACUGACCAUAAUUUACAAGCAAUUGCAAUUGUACACAAAUCCCAACUCGAUAAAGUGCAUUAAUUAAUGCAAAUACAAAAAUGCCAGAAUUGGAUCUAUUGUCAUCUCGUAUCUCCAACUUGGAAAGAAUUGUCGUGGCUCUAAUAAAAUGGACGGAUUUUACCUGGAAACAAUUUCAUCAGCAAAGACCAGACCAUUAUGAUAUCGAUGAGGCCGAAAUCUUAAGAAAUUAUGCUCAAGAGAAUAAACAAUACCAAGAGAUAUCAAAACUGGGGAGAAAGACCACCAAAUGUCGAGGUGGUAAGAAAGGUCAAAAAUGUGAGGAGACAUUCACCCCUCAAUGGGUCGUCCCACCAGGCGUGGAUCUCGAACCUCCACCAAGUUCGCCAGGAAAACGAACCCUUCCCACAAAACACUUCCCCACACGACCCCGCGUCGACACGGUGACCUCGCUUCGAGGAAAACCUAUGAUUUCCAUGAACGGCUUCUUUUUCCACUGCAUUGCAAACGGGGACAUUUCGAAGCGACGCAUCUGGACGUGUGACCAACGGACCAAGACGAAAUGUCCGGUUAGACUCCACUCCACCAGUGAAGUUAGCGACCUUCGCCUCAUCGUCGAAAUGGGAGUGCACAAUCAUCCCCCCGAUCCAGCGGCAGGACGUGUUAGGAAAAUCAUGAAUCCGGAUCGAUCCCCACAUGACAAUUUUGCACAUUCGUCUCAAAGUUCAGGCCAACUACAAAUACAACAGAGUCCAGACGGUGGGGGUGGUUCUGCUUUGUUGCAGUCCUCCACUACCACAUUUAACAGUUCCGUUAUGUACUAUCCGAUUAUGCAGAGUUAAAAUUAAUGAGACAAUUAAAUGUGUCCUAAUUAGGAUAUGGUCCCGUUGUACAUGUUUCAUUCUUGACCAACUUGCGCCAAAGUAAAGAUAAAUCCAAAUAUUUCUUACUUUAAUUAUAGGGCGCAAGUUACCAAGGAGUAACAUAUUUACAUACAAGUGAUUUGUAAGAGAUUGUGAAUACUCAAGUCGAAUUAAAACAUCAGUCAUUUAUUUAUAACAAAUCAAAA